GUAGCCUGUGUGAAAACUGUUUCUGUAGAUGCUACGCAUAUAUUUCUGACAUCCGGAUUCCUAAAACCAAGUCAUUCGACGCACAUCCGAAAACUCGAAAUUCUCAGCGCACAUUUCGACCAAAGACCAUGUCAAAGGCGCAGCAACUUUUGGCCAGGGACCAACUGACGGCCAUUGCGGAGGAGGAGGCGCGUCGCAAACGCGCCGUAAUGCGUCAAAGUUAUGGUAACAAGUUCUCCAGCAUCAAUCUGCACCGGAUGCGCCAGAAGCAGACGACCAGUGGCGGCGAUCUGAUCGCAAGCAAAGCAUCCACAAUGGAAACCAAUGCCGUUGCUUCUGCUGAGCCGCCCAUCAAGGAGAAGGACCCCACUUUGCGUCGCAUUGCCUCCAGUUUUGCGCACGUGCGAGAUUCAGUGGUCAGUGGCAGCUCGGUCGCCUUGCCGCUGGAGGACAGCGAGGACGAUGCUCGCGAGGAGCGCGCCGAGGUGCUCAUUUGCAGUCAGACAAUGCCGCUACCCAAGCCACCCUGCGACACCGAUGAGCUGCUCGCCGACUUGCCACCCACUUGCAGCCCUCAGCUCGAGCUCGAAUCUGAGCUCGAACCUGAGCCCAAACCUGAGUCCAAACAUGAGUCCAAACCUGAGUCCGAACGCCCAAGCAAAGCUGCCGACCUAAAGUUAUCCAAAGCACUGCCCGAGCCGCUGCUGCCCACCGAAUCGCGUGCCUUCGAGCGCUGGCAGCAGCUGGGCAGCACGGUUUCCGCACUCUUCCGUGCCCGGCGGUACAUCGACGCCACCGAGACGCCCAUGGCGCAGACCCGACGUUUGCGGGAGCAGCGCGAGCUGCUGGAGGCCUUCACCCGGCCGUUUCUGUACGAUGCCUACAGGAGGCAGGAGUAGCCAGUGGGCGUGGCCCGCCUGAUAAACGAUAAAAGGCAGCCAAAAACGGCGCCAUCCACCCAAUCCCCAAUCCAUUGAAAAUUCAAAGAAAUCAACGCGCAGUGUAUACGAUUAAAUUCAAUUCAUUGGA